AUGUGCCCCACGGACCGUCUCUGGCGCAUACCUCCCAACUGCGCAUAUGCUGCAUAUAUGUAGCCAAUGAGCACGCCGUACGCUCCCAGCCAAUGAGCGCGCAGCACAUAGACGUACGUGUUAAGACUGGCGAAUGUAGAACCGAGGGAGAGUCAGCACCGGGUGUGAUGGGACGUUCAACUAUAGACUCCAGGGAUUCAGAUGUGAGAGCUGCUAAUUUACUUAAUACAGCCCACAGUGCCGGAUCGCUGCUGGAACUUACCGCAACGCCGUUAACAUCCACCUCCUUGGCUCAUCUCGCGAGACUACGGCGUCACUGCCAUGCGUAUAAAAGCGCAGUGACGCGACACGUACAGUAACCGCCUUUGAAGGGGGGGAAGUGACGCGUGAGGUCGGAGUGGCUGGGAAGUGCACUGGCUGGGCUGACAGCAGAGGGGAAAAGAGAGCGGAGCUGACAGCAGAGGAGUAUCACCACAGUUACAAGUAGUGCUGAUGCCUCAAUCUCGCGUGAUGAGAUUUGUGACGUCGGGCUUGGCUGUCAGACUGGAGGCAAGGAGCUGGAUAAUAACGGCGUUGCGGUACUGCGAACUGUUUUCCAAGCCAGAGAUCAGAGCAAAUAAUAAUUCAUUACAGGAGGGAGAUCUACUGACCAUAACCUGCCAUACAGUCCUUAAUCCAGCCAGAGCCAAUACAGAGCUACAGUUUGCUUUCUACAGAAAUGGGCACAAUGUGCAGGGAUUUCAUUCAUCCAAUCAUUACACCAUCCAAUCAGCUCGGCCUCAGGACUCUGGCAGUUACACCUGUCAUACAGCAGCUCCAUCAGUCAGUGUAACGAAGGGGAGCAAAGAGCUAACCAUCUACAUACAGGGUGAAUAUGAAAUGCCAGGUGGAACAGUGAGAGAGAGAAGUUACACCAUAGAGAAUAUCAUAAGGCUUGUCCUGUCUGUAUGUAUACUCAUCUCUGCCUCAUUUCUCUGUUACUUCCAUAAAAAUAAUCACGUAGGAUUAAUAAAUCUUCUUAUGCGGCUCUAAUUCUACUCUCAGAUUUCCUUUAGAGACAAUAAAAAAAAGUGUAGAAGUGUUAAAACCUUUUAAGUUAAAUAAAUUAAAUUCUUGUUUUCUUUUUGCUCUCAUUUGGAACUCUCAAGAGACACAUUUUUGGAAUUUGUAUUUCUUUCAUAUCAAGAGAGAGAGAGAGAGAGAGAGGUCAACUAAUGCUUAAUAGGUGUUAUCAUUCUAUAAUAUUCCUCUUUGUUUUUUUGUAUUCAAAAUAAACGGUUUUCUGUCCC